AUGAAAUAUAAAAUUAUGAAUAAUUUAACUGAAGAGGAACUCCAAAGAUUGGCAGAGUUUAAAAAGAUGUCAAUUGCUCAAAAUAUUGAUGAUCAUUAUUUAAUGGUUUAUCUCUUUGCAAAGAAGUUAAAUGUAGAAAAGGCAGCAGAGACACUACAAAACAAUAUUGACCUCAGAAGCAAGUUGGGAAUUCCAUUCCCUCUCAGAAAGGCACAGGUCAACGUGGAUAUAGUAAAGAAGAUGUACAGUUUCUUUAUACCAGACACUAGAGAUGCCAACGGCAGAGUGAUUGCCUAUCUCUAUCCAUCAAAGAUGAUACCCAAACAAUAUGAUUUCGUAGAUUGUAUGAAGAUUUUAUUUUGGUUUUCAGAUAUCACUGUAUAUGAAGAUUCUAUUGGACAUAGAAAUGGUAUGGUUGUAGUAGAGGAUCUUACAAAGGUGUCAAUGAAGAAUUUCGAUAGUAGACUUACCGAUAUGAUGAAAGGUAAAUCUUUGGAGAAUAUAUUCCCAGGACGUAUUGAGGCGAUCUACUUGAUUAAUCAACCGUGGUUCCUCAGAUUCUUGAUUGGUUUCGCAAAGACAUUCAUCAAAAACAAGAUUGUUAAGCGUCUGAAAAUCGUCGGAAAGAAAGAGAAGAUGGUAGAAUUUGUCGAUCCAAAUCAUCUACUUGAAGAGUUUGGUGGAAAAUUGAAUUUCGAUUAUCAUGGUUGGAUUGACUCUCUUCCAGCUGACUAUUAA